AUGAUUAACUACGUAUUACUCUCUCCUCGUGGGAUGGAACUUCCGAACGAGGUCUUGGCUCAAGUUCAGGACAUUAUUACUGUGACUGGUACCGAGAUGAUAUCCGACAUUCUGCAUACCGUCCCUUUCGCACUUGAGCUCUCGAUUAACCCCAUCAUGUCGGCUCGGUCGCUUAUUUACCCCUUGUCUGGGAUUGCGAUAUUCGAAUUCGCAUUACCUGAUGCUGCAGAGUUUGCCCUUGACAGAUUGGGGUUCAUUGGGAGGCAGUAUGGCUUCCCGCAGGCCAUUGAUUCAGCUAAUAUGGUCUUGCAGACUAAAGAUUUAGAGGACUGGUAA